CAGCAGCCCAUCACCAUACAUCCACCCAUCACGACACCUCUAGGAAAUCAGUCAAGGUAAAUAAAUAUCUACCACCGUUGCGGCUACACUACUUUUUUUUGCCAAAGAUAAUUCUUAGCUAACAAUUAUUCCCUCAAGAUGGUUGCCGCUAAGAAGCACGUCCCGAUCGUCAAGAAGCGAACCAAGAGCUUCAACCGCCACCAGAGCGAUCGGUUCAAAUGUCUCUCCUCCAGCUGGCGCAAGCCCAAGGGUAUUGACAACCGAGUCCGACGACGAUUCCGUGGCAACACUGCCAUGCCCUCGAUCGGUUUCGGCUCCAACAAGAAGACCCGCCACCUCACACCCUCCGGCCACAAGACCUUCCUCGUCAACAACAUCAAGGAUGUUGAGUUGCUCCUAAUGCACAACCGCACCUACGCCGCAGAGAUCGCCCACGCCGUCUCGUCGAGAAAGCGAGUCGACAUCAUUGCCCGAGCGAAGCAAUUGGGUGUCAAGGUCACCAACGCCAAGGCCAAGGUCACCACGGAAAUUUAAGGCGCUGGCGGCUGAUGAGGAUGACUAUGGAAUUGGGGUCCGGUUUCUCGUUU